GGCGGGGGACGGACCAAGCAGGCGCCAUGGGCAAGAGACAGGCGGCGGGUCUGGGCCGGGUCCUCAACCGGAGCUGGAGCCGGGGCCGGGGCCGGGGCCUGGGGACAGCCAACGGAUGGCUUCACACCAGCGAGCUGAAUGAUGGUUAUGACUGGGGACGUCUCAACCUGCAGUCAGUCACAGAGCAAAGCACUCUGGAUGAAUUCCUCGCCACUGCACAACUGGCAGGCACAGAGUUUGUUGCUGAGAAGCUUAAUGUCACGAUUAUUUCUGCUGAAGACAGAACUGGGCUGCUAACGACAGAAGAAAGCAAAAAGAUAAAAAAACUCCACGAGGAGAACAAGCAGUUUCUCUGCAUUCCCAGGAGACCUCACUGGGAUGAGAACACAGUGGCAGAGGAACUGCAGCUGGCUGAAAGGGAAACUUUCCUGGAGUGGAGAAGACAGUUGGCUCAGUUGGAAGAGGAGAGAAACCUGAUCCUCACGCCAUUUGAAAGGAACCUGGACUUCUGGCGUCAGCUGUGGCGAGUUAUUGAGCGCAGUGACAUCGUUGUUCAGAUUGUUGAUGCCAGGAACCCUCUGCUUUUCCGCUGUGAAGAUCUGGAGCGGUAUGUGAAGGAAAUGCGGGCGGAUAAGGUCAACAUGAUGCUGAUGAACAAAGCGGAUCUGCUGAGCCGUGCACAGAGGAGGCUCUGGGCCAGCUACUUUGCUGAGCAAGGUGUGCGAGUGCUCUUCUGGUCAGCCACAGCAGAAGGGAAUCGGCUCGACGCUGAGGCAAAGGGAGAAGAGCAUCAAGGAGAGAGAAGUGAAGAGAGUACAGGUGAAAGUGAUGCUGAUACAGCUCAGAGGGAUGUGAGGCCCACAGAUCUCACAGAUGAAGGUGAGAACAGUCAGUAUGAAGACUGCGAAGAUGAUGAGCUUUGGGAGACUUGUUCUGAAGAUGAGAAGGAGAGCAUAAUGCCGUGUGCUGCUGCUGCUGCUGGCCUGCAGGGAGCUGAGAUAAGGCCACCCUCUUGUGUGGACAAUGACAGGACUGCACCUGCUUCCAGCUCCAACCCAACCUUUCCAAAGCAAAGUGUCAAGAACUCGAGUCGCCUCCUGCAGCGAAGUGAAAUGCUGGAGAUUUUUAAAACGUCACACCAAGGAAAACGUGUGAAAGAUAUGGAAAUCACUGUUGGCUUAGUGGGCUAUCCUAAUGUGGGGAAGAGUUCCACGAUAAAUACUAUCUUCCAAAAUAAGAAAGUCUCUGUAUCUGCAACGCCGGGUCACACCAAACAUUUCCAGACGUUGUACGUGGAGACUGGUUUGUGCCUCUGCGACUGUCCCGGCCUCGUCAUGCCAUCCUUCGUGUCCACCAAAGCAGAAAUGGUCUGCUGUGGGAUUUUACCCGUGGAUCAGAUGAGGGACCAUGUGCCGCCUGUGUCUCUGGUCUGCCAGCAUAUUCCCAGGCACGUUUUGGAAGCCACGUAUGGAAUUAAUAUCAUUAGACCCAGAGAGGAUGAAGAUCCAAAUAGGCAUCCUACUUGUGAAGAGUUCUUAAUGGCCUAUGGAUACAUGAGAGGUUUCAUGAAUGCCCAUGGACAGCCAGACCAGCCGAGAGCGGCCAGGUACAUUCUGAAGGAUUAUGUGACGGGGAAGUUGUUGUACUGCCACCCUCCCCCUGGUGUGGACUCCACUCAGUUCCAAUACCACCACGCUAAGCAGGUGGCUACCUGUGACAGAAAUAGCACAAAGCUCAAGGGGAAGCAAAAUAAAGUGAAAAAAAUUGAAAAUGACGUGGACAAAAACUUCUUUCACCAGGACAACGUGCGCGCUUUCACAAAAGGUGGUCAAGCUGCAAUGGGAGUCAGGCUCGGCACAGAGGCAACGCCGUUCGAUGGAGGGCCGGGGAAAACCUGGAAAAAGCACGGCAACAGGAACAAGAAGGAGAAAACCCGCAGAAUCUGCAAGCACUUGGACCAGUGAAAGUGAUCCCAGCUGUGACUGGGCAUCCAUCCCACCAAUUAAUGGCCAUAUCCCAUCAAUGAUGGCCAUCUCCCAUCAAUGAUGGCCAUGCCCCACCAACACCAUCAAUGAUGGCCAUCUCCCAUCAAUGACUCGGCCUGCCCCAUCAACACCAUCAAUGAUGUGGCCUGCCCCUGCUUCUCUUGAGCACACUGACGCCAGAAUGGUGGGUUAAGCAACACGUCAGACAGAAGUGUUACGACCAAUGCAUUGUGCAUAAAACACGAGGCACCAAAUUAAUGUAACUGAGCUUAAUUUGAAAUUUACAACCAUUUUGACUGAAUUAUAAUUGUUUUUCCAAAGAUGUGAAUUUAAUAUAAAAAGAAUACAACAUAAA